GAACGCAAGACCCUCGUUUUUUAAGUUUCUUCAUCGACCUUAAGCUGCGAAUUUUCAACAGUCUUGUUAUUACCUCAUUUCUCUCUUCCUCUCCCUAUUCCUUCAUUUCAAAGCUUUCUGAUUCUUACGCCUCUCUCUAUUACCCAGAUCUACAUUCACUUUCUAUCUCUCACCACUCUCUUUCUAUCUUUGAAUUGAAUCGCUUUUUAUCACUUGGAAAUUGUUUUUUAGGUUUAAGGGUCGGGAUCUGGGACUAAAAUUUUGAGAAAUCUUGGUUCUCAUGCAAACCCUGAUUCCAUGUGUUGAAUUUCAUGAAAACCCAAAUCGGGAGAGUAGAUAGAGAGCAAUAGAGCAUGGGUGGUGUGCCUUCGACUCCUUCUAAGAGCUCUCGACCUCGUGAUCAGGCUGAAUAUCUUCUUGCUACAUUUGUAGGGGAGAAAUCGUUCCCGAUUUCCUCUGAUUUUUGGCAGAAGCUUCUUGCAUCUCCUCUCACUCUUCAAUGGCCUCAAGACAAGGUCUCAGAGGCUUGUGAGAGUCUUGCCCAAAACAACUAUUACACAAGGCAUCUUGCCAAGAUCUUAAUUCAUCUGGUAUGGUGUUUGCAAGAGUUAGCUUCUGCAGCGGCUGUUCCAUCAAUUUUGUACGCAAAGGCUGUAAAUGCCGCACACUUAUCCUCCAUUUUCUUGAAAUACCUAAUUGAGAAUGCAAAAAGUGACAAUUUUGAUGAACUACAUCUCUGCCUUGAUGAAAGUGAAGCAGCUCCAUCUGAAAUCCCAAAGGGUCAAAAUUUAGUAAAUUUGCUCACACGGAAUUUAUUUUCUUUUAUUGGCACAGCAGAUAUCAGUCCUCGAAUGUACCUCCUCCAUCAUGAAGUACUGAAUUUGGUGCUGGUGGCAAUGUCCACUCAGCUUCGUGCUGGGCCAUCUCGAGGGCCAAAGGAUGUUCAUCCAUUUAUCGAUGCAGCAAUGGCUCAGGAGAGUGCCUUGGUUGGUUCUGUUGUUCGUAGACUACUGCUCACAUAUAUUACUCACCCGCGCAUUCCUUUGAAUUCAGCAUCCUACAAUUCAUUUCUCGAAGGGAGUCAAACUGGCGUCUUACAAAAAGUUGGCUCAGCAGCUGCAACUUUUGUACUACUGCCAUACUAUACAUUCAAUUAUAUUGUCAAUUCAAGUAGUGAUGGAUCACGAAGUCCAUUGGCAGAUAUCAGCCUACUUGUUUUACUUGUUCUCGUUCACUACCAAAAGCGAAUAAUAGUGGAUGAUAAUUUUAUGGACAAAAGUGAAGAUGGUGUGGAGAUGAAUGGUUUUCUUAAAGAAAGUUCCUACUUUCAGGACAACCCUUACUGUAGUGCUCUGGAAAAUGCAAGGGAUAUUGAAUUUGAUCGUGUAGAUGUAGAGGGGAAUGCACACAGUGGACCACUUGUGAGAUUGCCUUUUGCUUCUUUAUUCGACACUCUUGGAGCGUGCUUAUUUGAUGAGACAUCAGUCUUACUUCUCUAUUCAUUAGUCCAUGGAAAUUCUGACUUUCUGGAGUAUGUUCUAGUGAGAACGGAUUUGGAUACAUUGUUGAUGCCUGUGCUCGAAAUGCUUUACAAUGCUUCAAGGAGGACCUCUAAUCAAAUUUAUAUGUUGCUGAUUAUACUUCUUAUACUAAGUCAGGAUUCAUCUUUCAAUGCUAGUAUUCAUAAGCUGAUACUACCAAGUGUUCCAUGGUACCAAGAACGUCUUUUACAUCAUACAUCCCUUGGUUCUCUGAUGGUCGUAAUACUUAUAAGGACGGUCAAGUACAACAUGUCGAAGCUUAGGGAUGUUUACCUACAUACAAACUGUCUUGCAACUCUGGCAAACAUGGCACCUCAUGUUCAUAGACUAAGUGCCUAUGCUUCGCAGAGGCUGGUUAGCCUUUUUGAUAUGCUCGCACGCAAGUAUACCAAAUUAGCGGAGUUAAGAAAUGAUAAGAUCCAAAACUUUAAGGCCAAUUUGGCUGAAGGGAACACUAUCGGGGAUGAUAUGCCAACUGAGUUACACAUUUAUACUGAUUUCCUACGGAUUGUACUGGAGAUUCUGAAUGCAAUCAUGACAUAUGCUUUGCCUCGAAAUCCUGAGGUUGUAUAUGCAAUAAUGCAUCGCCAAGAAGUUUUUGAGCCUUUUAAGCAACACCCACGCUUUUACGAGCUAUUGGAUAACAUUUACUCUGUACUAGAUUUCUUCAACAGCCGCAUGGAUGCACAAAAUAUGGAUGGUGAAUGGUCAGUGGAGAAAGUCCUUCAAGUCAUUAUUAUUAAUUGCCGAUCAUGGCGUGGUGAUGGAAUGAAGAUGUUCACCCAGUUAAAAUUCACUUAUGAGCAAGAGCAUCAUCCAGAAGAGUUUUUCAUCCCAUAUGUUUGGCAGCUAGUCCUUUCAAAAAGUGGCAUGACAUUCAAUCCAGGCUCCAUACACUUGUUCCCUGCUGACCAGACCACAGAUGCGUCUCCAGCUGAUGCAAAAGUUGAGACGACCAACGAAUCAGGUGACUUGAACGUGUAAAGCUAUGUGCUUGAUGUCCCUCACAACUUGCUCCACUCAAUCUGCAUGUCUUCAUUGGCUCUAUUGUUGGAAGAGUGGAGUACUUUGUACAUAUUUAUACAUAACCCCGGCCCUUGUGGAAAGCAUUCGUGCCAUUCUUUGUGUUGAUAUGAAGUGGUCAUAUCUUGUGCAUCUUCUGAGGGUUUAUUCCUUCUUGCAUUUUCUUAACAGGCAUUUUCUUAACAGAUGAACAGAUCAAUACAAUAAAAGAAAAGAUCAUCAUUCAAUUUCAA